UAAGACACUUAGUAUCGACGAAAGGAUCAGCAAAUAUACACGUAUUUGCUGAUUUACUUAUUUAUUAUCUUGAUACGUAUUAACAAAUAUAUUUCCUUAUAUCCAUUGAAGGGAAUACGAUCAUUGACGAUGACAUCAUGGACUAAAAGAGUUACAACUGACACUAAUUGAAUGCGACGAGUGGACCGAUGGCGAGUCGUGAGUGUUCCAAUCUAACCUCGUUUGCAUCACUCGUCUCAGACUUUCGAUUCUGUUAUUAAAUAAUAUAAUAUAAAAAAUGGCCGCCGAUAUAGCUGGUUUUAUAUGUGCAGUCGUAUUGGCAGCAUUGGUACUUGCAUGGAUCGCGUACUGUAUGUUCGUGAAGGAACGGCCUAAAGCAGAAUACUAUCAGUACAAUAUAUGCGAUUUGCAACACCGACAGCAAGUGUUGUCUGAGACGCCUGAAAAUAACACUGAGAAGAAAGAGGUUGCUGCUGGGAUAUUUAUACUUCCAUCGCGACACAAAAAUGUAGACGACAGUUACAAAAAGAGGCCAGAUUACCCUGAGAGUCCACCGCCGGUUAAGGAAGUAGGCACCGAUAAACUUGUUGAGAUAUUUAACGAGAACUCUGUGGGUGCUGACGUGCAUCAUAAAGAUGGUAUAUACCAAGUAGACAGCAGUGCUCCAUACGACAGUGAAGUAUAACAUUUUAUGUCCAUGCUUUUUUGAUAAUUAAUAAUUAUUCGAUUUACUCACAUGCAUUUCCUUACGCUAAUUAAUUUUGUGAUCUUUUUAACCGAGUUUCUAAACAAUUUUAAAUAAUAAUUGUCAUAGUAAAGGAAUAUUUUUUUUUAAUUAUAUUCUAGAUAGGUUAAUAAUAAUAGUUCCAAUUAUAAUUUUAUAUGUUUUUUAACUUAAUUUAAAUUAAAAAAUCUUUAAUUUA